AUGGCCCAGCCCCGUGUUCAGGUCCUCAAGCCCGGCCGUGCCGUCCUCGGCUUCACCCCUGCCUUCGUUAGCCGGCUCGUGCCCAACCUCGCGCUGUGGGGUUUCGCUGGUGCCGGUGUCCUCUUCCUUGCCGGUUCCUCCAUCCCUCUCUUCCAGACCGACGUUCUUAAGAAGAUCCCUGUGGUCGCCAACUACUACGAGGACAAGACCCCCGACUCGGACAAGCCCUUCUAA